AUGGAAUGGGUGCAUGGCUACUUCAAAAUGUGUGGCAUAGAGUUGGAUGUUGUAAUUGGUACCGCGCUUAUAGAUAUGUACGGCAAAUGUGGGUGCUUGGCUGGAGCUUUGGAGGUGUUUGAUGAAAUGCCUGACAAAGAUGUGCUGGCUUGGACUGCCAUGAUCUCGGCUUUCGCUAUCCAUGGGUUUGGAGAGGAGGCUUUUGCUCUUCUAGAGAAGAUGGAAAGGCAAGGAACAAAGCCGAACCAAGUGACGUUUGGUGCGCUGCUAUGCGCUUGUGCUCACUCAGCCAUGGUGGAAAGGGACCGUUGGUGUUUUGAGGCAAUGAAGAAAGUAUACAUUAUUGAACCACAGCAGCAACACUACCCUUGCCCUGCAUGGUGGAUUUACUUGGAGGAGCGGGCUUAUUUGCUGAGGUUGCAUGGAAAUAUAGAGCUUGGUGAAAGAGUUGCAGGCCGUUUGAUUGGAAUGGACCCUCUCAAUCAUGCUUUCUAUAUAAUUCUUUCCGACAUUUAUGCAAAGGUUGACAGAUUUGAGGAUGUGAAGAAAGUGAGGAAAUUGAUGCAAGAGCAUGGGAUCAAGAAGACAGCUCCUGGUUGUAGUUCGGUUGAAAUUGAUGGGGAGGUGCGUGAGUUUUCAGUAAAACUAGCACCAUGUGAUGAUGAUGUACUUGACGAGCUGGUGCUUAUUUUGGACUUGAUGUAUGAAGAGCUGAAAAUUCAGUAA